CAAUGUCUACACCCGGACCUUUUUACGGACGCACUGGUGAACUCCGUAGCCUAUUUCUUCACGCCAUUGUAAUAUUAGUUUAUUUUCAGACUUUGGAAACACUUUGUUAGGGUUCCCAGAUCAGUUAUCAGGUUGGUGUUGAAGCUACUGGGAACCAGGUGGUGUGAUAAGAGAACGAGACUGACCUAAUAACAGCGGACAUCAUGUCAACCGACUCCUGGGCCCAGGCUGUGGACGAGCAAGAAGCCGCGGCGGAAUCGAUUGGUAGCCUACAAAUCAAAGACAAGCCCGAGGAAAAUGGUACUGCCAACGCUGCAUUGGCGACGACGACAACGACAACAACGACGACGACGACAAACACAGCAGCCGCCAGCGCUACAACGCCUGCAAAGACAGGAGGAGGAGAGGGAGACAAAACAGGGGAGGAGGAUGAUAAAGAUGACAAGGCGGCACAGUCCUUAUUGAAUAAGUUGAUACGCAGUAAUCUAGUGAACACAACCAAUCAAGUAGAAGUUCUACAGAGGGAUCCCAACUCUCCACUUUACUCUGUCAAAUCCUUCGAGGAACUACGGCUUAAACCUCAGCUGCUCCAGGGAGUGUACGCCAUGGGCUUCAACCGACCCUCCAAAAUCCAAGAGAACGCAUUACCCAUGAUGCUCGCUGAACCCCCACAGAACCUGAUAGCCCAGUCUCAGUCAGGGACGGGGAAGACUGCUGCCUUUGUCCUGGCCAUGCUCAGUCAUGUUGAUCCCAACAACAAGUUCCCACAGGCUCUCUGUGUGUCUCCUACCUAUGAGCUGGCCCUGCAGACAGGAAAGGUCAUUGAGCAGAUGGGGAAGCACUACUCAGAGGUCAAACUAGUCUACGCCAUCAGAGGAAACAAACUGCAGAGAGGUACCCAGCUCCAGGAGCAGGUUGUGAUAGGGACGCCAGGCACCAUGCUGGACUGGUGUCUGAAGUUCAAGUUCAUCGACCCCAAGAAGAUCAAAGUGUUUGUCCUGGACGAAGCUGACGUCAUGAUCGCUACACAGGGUCAUCAGGACCAGAGUAUACGCAUUCAGAGGAUGCUACCCAAACAGUGCCAGAUGCUGCUGUUCUCUGCCACGUUCGAGGAGACGGUGUGGAACUUCGCCCAGCGCAUCGUCCCAGACCCCAACAUCAUCAAGCUGAAACGGGAGGAGGAGACGCUGGACACCAUCAAACAGUACUACGUCCUCUGUAACAGCAAAGAGGAGAAGUUCAUGGCCCUCUGCAACAUCUACGGAGCCAUCACCAUCGCUCAGGCCAUGAUCUUCUGUCAUACCAGGAAAACGGCGGGGUGGUUGGCAGGUGAGCUGUCCCGGGAGGGCCACCAGGUGGCGCUGCUCAGUGGGGAGAUGCAGGUGGAGCAGAGAGCUGCUGUCAUCGACCGCUUCCGAGACGGAAAGGAGAAGGUCCUGGUCACCACCAAUGUCUGUGCCAGAGGUAUUGACGUGGAGCAGGUUUCCGUGGUGAUAAACUUUGACCUGCCGGUGGACAGAGACGGUAACCCGGACAACGAGACGUACCUGCAUCGGAUUGGCCGCACGGGUCGUUUUGGGAAGCGGGGAUUGGCCAUCAACAUGGUGGACAGCAGGUUCAGCAUGAACGUCCUAAACAAGAUCCAGGAUCACUUCAAUAAGAAGAUCGAGAAGCUGGACACCGACGAUCUGGAUGAGAUAGAGAAAAUCGCUGGCUGAAAAGAGUUUAGAGUCACAUGACUUCUCUAGUCCCCCUCCCUCUUCCUGCUUCUCCCAGACCCCUCCCUCUUCCUGCUUCUCCCAGACCCCCCCCCUCCCUCUUCCUGCUUCUCCCAGACC